AUGCCGCGUGCGGAUAGGCAGGCGCAGGCAGCUGCUCACAGGUUGGGGAAAGACCUGGCCGCACUGAAGCAGGCACUGCCGCCUGGUCCGGUGGAAGAGCGUCCGGACAUCGGGAACAUCCCAGCAGUCUACCGCGCCUUUCAGAAGCAGAGUCA